AUGAAGAGAGCUCAUGAUCUUAAGGUCCGCAUCCGUAAGUUCAAGGUCGGAGAUUUGGUGUAUUGGCGUCGCAAUGCGGGAAAGAAAGUAGAGUCUAUCUGGAAGGGCCCAGGUAUCAUUAUUGAAGCCAAAUCCGACACAGUAUUUGUCGUUAAAUCUCGGGGAGAAGUCAAGGUCAUGCACCAUGACAAGCUUAAAACAUGCGAGUCUAGACAACUUCCGAAAUGGUUAAUCACAUCUCAUCGUAAGUUGUCUGGAGAACCAGCAGACCGAGACAGUGAUAGUACUCCUGUGUGUGUUGUAGCUGAGCCGCUGGGGGCCACGGGUUCAGGGUUAAAUCCUGGGGACCCGGGGAGUAAGCAAAAAACUAGAGUAGAACCGAAGCCAGCGGAACGAGUAGGUCCUUACAUGGGUAUCCGGAAACGAGUGAGGAAAAGGUUAAGUAAACCGAACAAACCUAGUACACCUAAGAUACCUAAAGCUACUAAGGGAGGUAAAUCUAAACAAUACUGUUUAUGUUUGCAGACUAAACCCAAGGGGUUAAUGGUGCAAUGUGAUAGCUGCCGGGACUGGUUUCAUCCUGGGUGUGUGGGUAUAAGUGAGGCUUAUGCCAAGUCCGUUCCCCAGUAUACAUGUCCUGAAUGUAGUCCCGUCAGUGUCAGCAGUCACUAG